CUGCCAGCCUCAUUUGUUGGGGUCUUUAGAGUACGGCAACUCUGUUGUGUGGUAGUUUGGGGCUGGAAGUUUGGAAGUAGGUUGAAGUCUUCGCUCAGAAUUACAAAACAACGGGUGAAAAAUGGCAUCCAUGCUAAUGCAGACAGUACGAAGCUGCUCAGCGAACUCCUCGUGGGCUGCUAGGUUUGCCACCAGGUCCCUGAGCACGUCCUCGUCUCUGCAGGCUCAAGUUCAAACUAAAAGCAAGAAGUCCUUGGCCAAGCCCGGCGUGAAGAACAUCGUUCUGGUGGAUGGCGUUCGUACCCCUUUCCUCCUGUCAGGCACCACGUACAGGGAUCUGAUGCCCCAUGACCUAGCGAGAGCUGCCCUUCAGGGCCUGCUGAAUAAGACGGGCCUCCCUAAAGACGCCGUGGACUACAUUGUCUACGGAACCGUCAUACAGGAAGUGAAGACCAGCAACGUGGCCCGAGAGGCUGCUCUGGGAGCUGGUUUCUCUGAUAAAAUCCCAGCGCACACGGUCACCAUGGCCUGCAUAUCCUCCAACCAGGCUAUGACCACAGCUGCAGGGCUGAUCGCAGCGGGGCAGUGCGACGCGGUGGUGGCGGGGGGAGUGGAGUUCAUGUCUGACGUUCCCAUUCGCCACAGCCGUAAGAUGAGGAAGACUAUGCUCUCUCUGAACAAGGCCAAGACCCUGAGCCAGAGACUGUCCCUGCUGGGGUCCAUCCGCCUGAGCCACCUGUCUCCAGAGCUUCCUGCCGUGGCGGAGUUCUCCACCGCUGAGACCAUGGGUCACUCAGCCGACCGGCUGGCGGCCGCUUUCGGGGUGACCCGUCUGGAGCAGGACGAGUUCGCGCUGCGCUCCCACACCUUGGCCAAGAAGGCCCAGGACGCCGGGCUUCUGAGUGAUGUCAUCAGCUUCAACGUGCCAGGAAAGGACACCGUUUCCAAGGACAACGGGAUCCGGCCCAGCUCCAUGGAGCAGCUGGCCAAGCUGAAGCCGGCUUUUAUCAAACCCCACGGCACGGUCACCGCUGCCAACUCCUCCUUCCUGACUGAUGGGGCCUCUGCAGUUCUCAUCAUGUCUGAAGAGAAGGCUCUGGCCAUGGGGUACAAGCCCAAAGCGUAUCUCAGAGAUUUUGUAUAUGUGUCCCAGGACCCCAAAGAUCAGCUGCUUUUGGGGCCCACCUACGGAACCCCGAAGGUCCUGGAGCGGAGCGGACUGAGCAUGGCCGACAUCGACGUGUUUGAGUUCCACGAAGCUUUCGCGGGUCAGAUUAUGGCGAACCUAAAGGCCAUGGACUCUGAUUGGUUUGCACAAACAUACAUGGGGAAGAAGUCCAAGGUUGGGACCCCCCCGAUGGAGAAGUUCAACACCUGGGGGGGGUCGCUGUCCCUGGGGCACCCGUUUGGGGCGACAGGGUGCCGGCUGGUCAUGACGGUGGCGCACAGACUGCAGAAGGAGGGGGGGCAGUACGGCCUGGUGGCCGCGUGCGCCGCGGGGGGGCAGGGUCAUGCCAUGGUCAUAGAGGCUUACCCACAGUAGGGCGGAAUGGGCGUGGCUGCGGGCAUGGCUGCGGGCGUGUCUUUGAACGGGGCUCUCUUUCGGUGAGCCAUUCCAGUACAAAGCAGGAAGUGAUCUGUGUUUUUUUCUGUCUUCUGGUCUCUGGGAAAGAUGAUAUUUGUAAAUACUAUUGCCACAUUGCCUUGAUCUGUGAUUCUGAGUACGAAAGGCCGGUCAGGUGACAUGAUGACUCAUCGCCUUCCUCUCGGCCGAUUGGUCGGUGUGGAGAAACGGGGCUUCACACACUGAGUGACAGGCGUUUCCCUGGCUGAUUCUAAAUGUUGUAAAUGCAGAAAUUGCACAGAUUUAACUUUGUAGAAAAGCCAGUUUACACUUCAUAAAUCAUACACGUGCAGCACUGCAUCACCGUUGACUAUUAAAUUAAUAUUAACUGGUUACGCAUUUUUUUGUUAUUUUUUUUCAUCAUGUUUGUCAUCUACAUGUAAUAUGAAACUGAGCAAAAAAAUAAAGUAACUGAAAGUGUUUGUA